AUGUCCCAGGCCGCCUGUCGUGCAGCCAGUGAGGCCUUGCUCCGCCCGGUCGAUAACAUCCUGGUGAACACACGAGUGUGGUUCUGCAGCGGGGGGUCACGGGGGUCACGGGGGGUCAACGGGGGUCAACAGGGGUCGGUCGUGGUGUCGCUCACCGUCUGUGUGAUAAAAGGGGGAGGAGCCUCAGACCAGCUGAGGUGGGAUCAGUCCACCUGUCGUUCUCCAGAAGUGACCAGAGAACCGACCAGGCCGGAAUCCGGCCAAUCAGAAAGUCCCAACCAGGCCAGCGAAUCAGAUAUCAAGGACCAGCCAGAAAAUGGUCACCUGGGCUUCCAGGACAGCUUCGUCACCCCCGGGGUCUUCACUGUGGCCGAGCUCGUACGAGUCUCACAGACUCCCAUUGCAGCUGGUACUGGUCCUAACUUCUCAUUGGCCGACCUGGACAGCUCCUCCUACUACAGCAUGAGUCCAGGAGCCAUGAGGAGACCCCUGCCCAGCACCUCCUCUUCCAGCUCUGCCAAGAGGAUAAAGUGCAUGGAGGAGGACGUGGACAGUCCAGGGGAGGAGUCGUACUACCCGGGUCAGGGUCGAUCCCCGGGCAGCGGCAGUCAGGCCAGCAGCUGGCACGACGUGGAGCCAGGGAGGCCGUCGCCCGCUGCCGCUCUACAGAGGUCAGAGAAGUCUGGUUUCUGCGCCUCCUCCUCCACCUCCUCCUCUUCUUCUUUCUCCUCUUCCCCCCGAACGGCUUUCACACACCAUCACCGGCCCGUCAUUACCUGGCCUCGAGCGAGCCCUCAUGCCCCCCCCUCCAGCCUCCACUUCUCCUCCUCCCCCAUUCUGCAGCAGCCCGGCUCCUACUUCUCUCACCCGGCCAUCAGGUAUCACCCACAGGAGACGCUCAAGGAGUUCGUCCAACUGGUCUGUCCUGACUCCGCCCAGCAGGGAGGACAGGUGGGCUUCCUCAACCCAAAUGGUAGCUCCCAGGGAAAGGUCCACAACCCGUUCCUCCCGACACCCAUGCUGCCUCCCCCUCCCCCUCCCCCGAUGGCCCGUCCCGUCCCACUGCCUGUCGACGCCAAGCCCCCCUCCACCUCCUCCGAGGGGGGAGGCCACUCACCCACCUCGCCCACCUACUCCACCCCCACUACAUCUCCAGCCCAGCGGUUCGUCAGCGUUGGACCCAGAGACCCCGGCUUUAAUAUCCCUCAGCAGCCACAGUGGUACCUGGGAUAAGGACCUCAGAGGCCCCUCCUCCCUCCACUCACCUGUAUGACACACCGCUGCAGACUCCGCCUCCUCCAGCUGCAACAGAGAGACCCCUCAUGCCCCGCCCCUACAUCCCUCCUCUGCACCUGACUCCGCCCCACCAGCGCCAUAUAGAGACUCACAGCAUCUGCAUGGCUACAGCGGAUCAAACGCACCCCCCCCCUGGUGGGAAACACCCGCCCUGUAAAUGUCGAUGUCCAUAUAUAGUGCCAGCCCCCCCCCCCCCCCCACACACACAAACACACACACAU